AUGCAGAAUUUAAAAAGCGGUGGAGGCUGGAAAGAGAACAUGAAAAGCGCCAGGGCUGGCGGGGAAGAAAAGGGAAGAAAAGGAAGAAAAGUGGAUAUCCACAACCAAACCUCCAUCCUCCCUUCUCCAACGCACUCGACGGUUUGA